AUGGUCUUACGUUCUGGCACUACGACUGAGACCAGAGGGACAAAACGAAAGCGGUCAAGUAUUGUCAAACAAUCCAAAUUCCAACAACACCUACCCUUUCUUUGUGCGUGUUUUAAAAGCAAUGGAAAGCAACGAAAAGAUAUGAUAGCCCAUGCUAAUAGAGGACAGAUGGAAGCUAUUGGGGAAGUGGCCCUGAAUCUUCUUAAAGGCAACAUCAUAGUACCGAGUUCGUCAUUUAAACGAUUGAAACCGCACAAGUCUAAGCUCCUCUAUUUGACCCGCAAGAAACCGAGCCUUAAACAGAAGAAGGAAGUGCUCAAUCAAAUAGGAGGAUUUUUACCAGCCCUUGCUGCUCUGAUUGUACCCCUUGCUGUUGAUUUACUGGGUAAAGUGUCCAAAUGA